UUUAAUUCUUUUUAUGGAUUUCAGGAAACUAAACAUAUGACAACAAAUCACUGACAAAAAUACACACAAGCUAGUUUUUAUACAAUCUGAGAACAAAUCAGGGGCGUUUAUGCAGCAGCAUAUAGAUGCGCCAUGUUCACAGGAAGUUAUAAUAAACUCACAGUUGUUACUGUGACUUCACAUCAUACACAUUCAGGUAGAUCAGCAGGUGGUCGCCAUCCCGAAGCCCCUUAAUAGAAACAGUUUUAGACUCAUUUUUUAUUUUUUCUCUUCCUUCUCAUCACAAAAUAAAAACAGAGGCACGAAACAGCUAAAAGGAGCCACGGAUACUCUUCAGAGUUUAAAUAUGGUCUCAUUCCUUCAUUUAAUUAGUUUUGUGUCCUCGUUUAUGUCACUAUAUAAACAGAAAGAGACAAAAAUAAUUAGAAAGAUGCACAAAACGGCUCCACGGGCCUCUUUAGCCUCAUUUUCUGUCUUGUUUAAUUGUUUUUUUCUUUUUGUUUGCUUCAAAAAUUAAAAACAAUUACUAAGAUGCGCAAACUGUCUCUUAAUCCGCCCACACACACCGGGGUCAACUGUUCGUCACAUUUUCACGAUAAAUAAAUUUCUUUAAGCACAUUUCCCUCUCACUCAACGAACAUUAGAAGACAACCAGAUGAUGAUUUUUAAUUAGACAGCUCAUAUUAAUCAUCUCUGCUAUGACCUCAUCACUCUGAUCAUCAUCCUCCUCUUCAUCAUCCUCUUCAUCACUGUCAGUCAUUAUCAUCAUCACCUUUAACAUUCCUCCUCCUCCUCCUCACCGUCAUCCUCUCCAUCAACAAAAUGGCAGUCGGGGCGGCUGCUUGUGCGCAUGCUCGGCGCACACCUCUGGCAGAGAGGGCAGGUAUCAGUGCCGAGGCUCCUGACUGACAGACACUCCCGGCUCGACUCACACAUCAGCGCGCGGCGGCACGAGACAGGAGGACACGCGGCCGAGCAGCGCCCGGAGGAUCACCCAGAGUCUCUGAGCAUUUUCACCACGACAGCGGAGCUCGCCCCUGGCACAGGUGAGAGGAAACUUCGGCCCCUUCCCGGUGCGGAGUGUCCGGAUUUGCGCUUUUACGCACAGCGGAGAGCCACCAUGGGGGGAGUGGGAGUUUGAGCUCCCCGAGUCCGCGGACCUGGACUGACUGGACGGCGGGUCGUUGAAGAGUUGAGCGCUCGGUCUGCAGCGGUGCUCACGAUGUUCCAGCACGGCGGAAACAAGAAGUGCUUCACCAUCGAGUCUCUGGUCGGGAAGGACGGGAGCAGCCACGGCGGCGGCUCCGAGGAGCCCAUCCGGCCCACGGCGCUGCGCUUCCCGGACUCCCUGCACCCGGCCGCUGCCGCCGGAGUGUUCGGCUCCUGCUUCCAGGGGAGCAACGGGAGGACUUUGUUCCCGGACAUGGUGCUGCAGGAGCCCGGUACACACGCGCAGGGCCCCGGCGGGCUGCCGCUGCACCCGCUGCAGAUCCCCCCGCAGAGCUUCUUCAGCCCGCAGCACCGGGACGCGCUCAGCUUCUACCCGUGGGUGCUGCGGAGCCGGUACCUGGGACACCGCUUCCAAGGUGAGGACAGCAGUCCGGAGAACCUGCUGCUUCACGGUCCAUUCUCCAGGAAACCCAAACGGAUCCGGACGGCGUUCUCGCCCUCGCAGCUGCUCCGCCUCGAGCGAGCCUUCGAGAAAAAUCACUACGUGGUCGGAGCCGAGAGGAAGCAGCUGGCCAGCGGGCUGUGCCUGACCGAGACGCAGGUGAAGGUGUGGUUUCAGAACCGCAGGACGAAGCACAAGCGGCAGAAGUUGGAGGAAGAGUCUCCUGAAGCUCAGCAGAAGAGGAAGGGCAGCCAGCACGUGAGCCGCUGGAGAGCCGCGACACAGCAGGCCGGCGGCGAGGACGUGGACGUGAUCAGCGAGGACUAGAGCGCAGCGAUCGCACCGUCACGAAGCUGUCGAUACACAGAAACACACACACACAUACAGAAACACAGAAACUGCUCCAGGGUCAGGAUAGCUGGAACGCACCUGCAGGACUUUAGUGUGUUCAGGCACCUCAGAAGGUACACAGCUUUUAUUUUGAAAGGCACUCCAGUUCAGUUCUUUGCAUGAGGUGAAAUAUCAGCAUCAGGACAAUCAAAUCUGCUUUUCAGGUAGUUUACCAGGAUGUAAAUAAGUUCACCUUUAAUGUGAUUUGAAGUCACUUGAAUAAAAUGAGCCAGAUUUUUCAUCCAGGUAAAAUAAAGCGGGCGGAAGCGACAAAGCUUUCAGUCGGACGUUAAAACCAAACUGAAGCAGCUUCAGUUCACAUGAAACACAGUGCAUCCUUAUGUCCGAGAGCCUGGACAGUAGACGCACCACGAAGUCCUCCUCAGCCCUCAGUGUCUGAGGUGCAAUGUAAAUUAUUCUUAAUCUGACAGAAUGACUGGCGACGAUCCCCUCGAUCUUAUUUUGGAAGUUCACUAAAUGCUAACUCGCUUGUCCCGCCUCUUCCUGUAAAUCACUGUGUUUUAGAAAUUUUAGAGACCCAAAAAUAUUUAAUCCCUGUGCAGGCUUUUUUUUUUUUGUACCACAACAUUAGGACAGUUUUUAUCUGGAGACUCAUAGCACGCACACACACACACACACACACGCACACACACACACACACACACACACACACACACACACACACACACACAGAAACUGACAGCUUACCUUUCC